CGACGAGCCUCAGCGAACGACAUUCUCGUUGUCAUUUUCAUCAUUUCAAACCCAAACCCCUUCUCCUCUAAGAAAAAUGUGCCUGAUUCCAUUGCGGAUCAAGAGAGGAUAUCAUUUCAGCCACUGUUCCGCUGGGUAACAUUUCAAACAGCCCCGUUGAUCACCUCUCUGCCUACCUAGGUAGCUGCAACGUUUGAUCUCGACCCAAAAAAGGGGCGAGGUUUGAGGCGGCAUCGCCCUGCCGGACUGAACGACAACAACGAUACUGUUCAAAAUCGGAAAAAACUCGUAUUAUUUAUUAGUCUUGGGGUCGCUCCCCUUUUGCUUCCCCUUACUUCCCAUUCAAGGUCACCUCACUCCCACUGCUUUCGUCUCUCAAAUUCGAGCCACUGGCCGUCCCACACCCUACCCCCCUUCAGCAAAAGUUUUGAUAAAGUGGCUUUCGGGCCCAAAACCACCCACCAUGGCUCCCCGUUCACUUUACGCGAUGGGCCUGAGAGUUGCCUUGGACAACAUCAACCUCAUCACAGGACUCGGCAGCAUGCCUCCUAAAGCAGUCUCGGCGAUUCUCAGAGCCGUCAAAACGGCAAGUCAGCUGCACGCUAUUGAACUAAACAGUGACGAUAUUUACGAGGAGACCGCCGAACACUGGAAACGCAUCAUCAAGCAAGACUUUCCAUUCCUGUCGGCCGAGCAUAAGUGGAUUCCUAGCAAUCCAAAGUCAUGGCAUAAAAUCUAUGAAAAAUACCAAACCCUCCAGGCGCAGAUCGACACUGCGGCUACCGAGAAGCUGAAGAAUACAUAUGCCGCCCAGCAAAAGGCCAAAGAAGCUGGCAAGACUCAUCUCAUCAAGAAUGCCGCUGAAGCCCGUCACCUGCCUCCAGUCCCCCAGGACGGCAAACGGCGGUCUACAGCAACCACCCCACAUUGGUCCACCCAGGCGCGUCCCAAGCAGAGCUUUGUACAGAAGGCCAGGCGGGAGGCACAUAAUCAGGCCAUGCGUCUCAAGCUCUCAACUCCCACCGGCAAGCUCCCCGUUAUGCCUGGACAAAUUAAGCGGGCACCUGAAAGCAUGAUAACCAGCAAACGGAUUGAGAACCAAUUUGACCCUACCGCCAACAUAGUCCGGGCGCCUCGCACCAUCACGAGAGCGUCAGCUAGCGAUGCGGAUCGCAAGAGAGAGGCUCGCCUACUUCGCAUCAAGAAUGCAGGCAAGGCUAAGACGGCGGCCGCGUCCACUUCUGGCGCCCAGGUGUUGACCUUCGACGAUGACGAUGACAACACAGUAGAUCAUACCCCUACGACCUCCAAGGGGCGCUUCAUGGACGAUUUCGAACUCGACGGAGUCGCAAUCAAGCCCGAGUAUGAGUCGGACAGCCCUCCCACGCCUGAGAUGCGUCCACUUAAGAGAGCUCCCGACAGUUAUCGUGCACUUUCACCGCCAGCCAAGAAACACAAGAUCGAGGAACCUUCGUCGCCGUAUUCACAGAACACCAAAGGUUACGGCGCCUCAUCGCCGCCUUCAACUGCUUCGCCGACCUCUCAUCGCGCUCCUCUCAAGCGUCGCCGAGGCCUGCUGUCGUCAGCCCCCGGCUCCAACUCGGCAACCCCAGUUGUGCGUACGCCUAUCUUGGUACCUGUUGCCGCUCGCGGUGCCAGCCCACCCCCCCCCGACCCGGUUGCUGCCGGUCCGAGUACCUCGCCCUCAGUCUUGAAUAAUAUCGACCCAUUCGAGACUGUACUCAGCUCUAAGCCCCCUGCCCGGCAGCCAGCUGACUCCGUGAUCGACGGAAAGAAGAAACGCGUUGACAUCUUUAUGAAGCCGAAGAAACGCCCGCGCACCUGAAAAAUCACUUGUCUUGCAAGUGGUUACUGAAUAGCGGGCAGGAAAAUACUGAGCAUUGGCUGUGAAACCCAAUGUUAAGAGGAUUGUAUGUGGUAUUUUUAGUCAUGGUGUUUAGUCUAGGAGGCGAUGAACACGCCUGGGGUUGGAGUGUUGGCUGUUUUCUUUCCUUUUGUCGGCAGUCAAAUGCCUCGAUUUCUGAGAAUAUCCGGUUUCCCUUUCGUGCUGUUUAUUAGGCAUUGCGCGGGGAGUUAGGUUACAGUUCAGAGAUACCCACCAUUUUAGUAUAGAACUAUAGCGAGGCCAAAGAAUUACGGUCAUAUGUGAUUAGUAAAUAUGUUUAAUAAAACAGCAAAGCCGUUAGCAGUCG